AUGGGUUUUGGGGAUCCAACUCAAUUUGCCUGGCGUGGAGGCACAUACCUGUCCUCAGCACUCCGCCUGGAGAGCCAGCAAGGUCUCUGGAGUAAGCCCCGGGAGAGCCAGAACGCUGCUGAACUGGAAGUCCUAUCACCUGAAGGCGCUGCUGAGCCCAAGGUCCCUCAAGAAGCUGCUCAGCCAGAGGUCACUUCACCUCACACAGCUGCUGAGCCUGAUGUCCCUUCACCUCAAGUAGCUGCUCAGCCGGAGGUCACAUCACCUCAAGUAGCUGCUGAGCCUGAAGUCCCUUCACCUCACACAGCUGAGUCUGAGGUCCCUUCACUUCAAGUACCUGCUGAGCCCAAGGUCCCUUCACCUCAAGUACCUGCUGAACUGGAAGUCCUGUCACCUGAAGGCACUGCAGAGCCCCAGGUCCCUUCACCUCAAGUACCUGCUGAGCCCCAGGUCCCUUCACCUCAAGUACCUGCUGAGCCCCAGGUCCCUUCACCUCAAGUAGCUGCUGAGCCCAAGGUCCCUUCACCUCAAGUAGCUGCUGAGCCCCAGGUCCCUUCACCUCAAGUACCUGCUGAGCCCAAGGUCCCUUCACCUCAAGUAGCUGUUGAGCACGAGGUCACUUCACCUCACACAGCUGCUGAGCCCGAGGUCACUUCACCUCACACAGCUGCUGAGCCAGAGGUCCCUUCACCUCAAGUACCUGAUGAACUGGAAGUCCUGUCACCUGAAGGCGCUGCAGAGCCCCAGGUCCCUUCACCUCAAGUACCUGCUGAGCCAGAGGUCCCUUCACCUCAAGUACCUGCUGAGCCCAAGGUCCCUUCACCUCAAGUACCUGCUGAGCCCAAGGUCCCUUCACCUCACACAGUGGCUGAGCCAGAGGUCCCUUCACCUCAAGUAGCUGCAGAGCCCGAGGUCCCUUCACCUCAAGUACCUGCUGAGCCCAAGGUCCCUUCACCCCAAAGAGAUGCUGAGCUGGAAGUCCUGUCACCUGAAGGAGCUGCUGAGCCAGAGGUCCCUUCACCUCAAAGAGCUGCUGAGCCCAAAGUCCCUUCACCCCAAAGAGAUGCUGUGCCUGAUGUCCAAAGAACUGCUAGACCAUCUGUAGUCCAUUAUAAAAAGUCAUAUUUUGGUAUCCAAAGAAUUCGUUUUCAUCCUUCCAGGGACCUACAAAGCUGGGAACAGCCAACGCCCCAAGAUUUGUAUUGUCCAUUUUGUUUGAAGACCUAUCCAGCAACCAUGAGAUGGAUCUCCAGCCACAACGGUCCUGUUCUUGUCCCUGCCUAAGUGCUCUAGCCUGCAAGUCCGUGUUGGCCAGAUUCUGUGUAGAACAUGGUUCUACUGUAAAUUAUCCUUCCUUUCUGGAAUUGACUGUGUAACCCAGAUGGCCUGGAACUAGACAAUCCUGCCGCGUCACCUUCCUGAGUAG